GAGAGAAAUGAUUUUAGGGCGGAUGACGAAAAUAGGAAGAAAUUAGAGCAAGUACACACUUUUUUAUCGAAUCUUGAGUUAUUGCGUAUUUCCGUUAUGUCUCAGGACAACGUUCGAAAUGAAAUAGAAAGCGAAGUUUUGGAUGGUUUUGAAG